AGACGGUAAUCGAAAUCAUUUAUACACACAUCCAGUAAUGCUUUAACAGAGUAUCCUUCCCCAUUUGAUACUUGCUGUCGCUGUGUGGUGACCCAAAAUUAACUCAAUUUGUACCUUCUCUUCUGCUCCUAGCUACGCCUAUACGCACCCAUAGAAAGUGUGAAACAACGGCGCACCGUGGCGACGGCUCGUGGACGCGAUGGAUCACGACUUCUCCAAAACGCAGUACUUUUUGGGCUGCUCCUUCACCCUGGUGUACACAGGACUCGUGGCCGCCGCCUACUUCGACAUCUCCACAUGCCCGUAUGUGUACGACCGCCCUGCGUCGACGGCGCCACUGAAGAUGCCCGACGCGGCGCAGACAUGCAACGGCGUGGCGAACAUCCACCGCUCUCUCCUCGCCUCCCUCACCUCUGCCGGCGGCUUCUCGUGCCACAUGGUGGACAUCAUCGUCUGGGCCUACGUGAUUGGCUUAAUAGUCUUCAUGUCAUACAAAUACGUCACGUACCGCCUACAGGGCUUCCACUACUUCUUCCUAGACUACUGCUACUUCCACAACGCCGUCCUCCUCUUCUUUCUGCUAUGGCGGCUGGUCGAUGUGGAGUGGUCGGAGCAGCCGAUCGUCUCGUGGGCCUCCUACAUGCCAUCGUGGGGCUGGUUGAAACGCACAAGUGCAGCAGGCUCCAAGGUGAGCGCGUUCAACUGCACGAAUUCAUCGGAGGAGCCGCGGUGGCGCCACCCGAUUCUCACCGGCACCCCUCUCGGUGGCGACUCCUUUGCCCGACGCAUUGUCCCCUCCACCGCCCGCAGCUUUUGUCUCGAUGGCGUCUACCUACCCGUGUCUGUCGAUGUGCUGACCUGCGGUUACGUCGUCGCCCACCUUACCGAAGCAGAAGUGCUCUCGUCCUUUGUCCUCUUCUUCACGCUGCUCGCCGGCUCCUGCGGGCCAAUCUUAGGCGCCAUCGUCAUGUGGAAGAACGCGCUGCUCUUUCACUCAUUUGACCGCAUGUCCUCCUGCUACCUGCACCUGGCCCCCGGCAUCGUGCAGGGCUUGCUGCUGCACCGUUUCUUCAUCUCUGCGCGUCGCGAGAUGGAGAGCGUCGACGCCGAGCAGCUUUACGCGCAGAUCACCAAGCUUGCCAGCCAGAUGCAGAUUCCUGUCGAAAAUCUGCUCCCGAGCGUGCAGGCGAUUGUGCUCAACCAAACGGAGACGGUGGUGAACGCAGCAAAAGCGGCGAGCUCGUCUCGUCGCGGACCAGCGCGGCUCCUGUCCUCCCUCCUCUCCUCUCUUUCACUGAAGCAGCAGCAACAGCACUUCUCGCGCUACGCGGCAGCCCACCGGCUGGAAGCGCUGUGCGGCUACGGCACCCUCUGCUACGACCUCCGUCGUGCUGUCACUUUCGGGAGUCUACUGCGCCUGCACCUCUUCAUGUUUUGCAUCUGGCAGCUCUUCUACCACGUGUUUAACGAGUGGCGGCGCCACGCGCGUGAGAAGCCGUGGAAGAAGCGCAUCGCACAGCUGGAGAAGGAAAAGGCGGAGUUCAUGCAGCUGACUGGCGCGACAGAAAACGAGGUGGAGCUGCUGCGGCCCAGCAUGGUCACGAGCGAGGGCGCCGGUGGAAACCCAGCGGAGCGCAUGACCUCGUACACGUGGAUGAUGGCGAACCCACCGGGCGGUUACAACGGUGUUCUCGCGCGCGUUGUGAUGCUCUUUGGCAAGGGUCGUCUGCCGACCACGAUAAUGUUUCAGGUUACCCAGUGGCUUCUACACAUGGUUUUCUUCACCUGCAGCUACCCCGUCAUCUACAUCUGCUUCCACCACUCCCUUAGCGCCUGGCCGUUGCUGGUCUGGGUGCUGACGUUUGCGUGUGUCUGCGUGUACAACGCUGCUUGCGUCAACAGGAAGUGGAUAAUGAAGCUCCAGCAAAUGGCCUCGAAAGGAAUGGAAGCGGAGCGGCAGGACCAGCUGACCAAGUCCAUGGCGGCAGCGGCAGCGGCGAAGAAAGCCCAGUAG